ACAGAAAAACUUGUAUUUUUCUUUUGUUUUUUUAAGCAAUAAACAACUUUAUCUACACUACAGUUAAAUUAACAAUUUUAAAAUGUGGCAAGAAGCAAGAAAACAAGAAAAAAAGUUACGAGGAAUUAUGAUUGAUUACAAGAAAAGAGCAGAACGAAGACAAGCAUAUUAUACAAAAAUGAAAAUGGAUCCGCAUCAGUUGAUUCGUGUCUAUGGUCAGAAAUGCAAGUUUCAUAUGCUUAAUGAUAGCUCUGUUGCAAUUGCAGAUGGGCAACUGAUGCCUUGGCAAGGAGAUAAUGAAAUAUUAAUAGACAGGUUUGAUGUAAGAGCACACUUGGAUUUUAUUCCUGAACCUGUUGAUUGUACUGAAGAAACUGAUGAAGACAAGUUGAUAUGGAAAUGUAAUUAUGAAAGCUAUCGCACACUUGUUCAGAUUGAUGCAACUGGUGCAUCAGAAGAACAAUACCUCAAGCAGUUGGAAAUAGAAGAAGCUUAUGGUAAAAAGCAAGCAGAGCAAAAACUUAAUGUGGAGAAAGAGAAAGCUCAAAGUAAAGCGAAUGCAAAAAUCCAUUAUAAAUAUGAAGGAUGUGCUGUUUACUCAAAUGAUGAAGAUUCAACUAGUGAGGAGAGUGAAAGUGAUCUUAGUGAUAUAGAUAUCAAUGUCAACGUUUUGGAAUUAGAAGAAGAACAGCAAAACCAUUUGGAUGCAUUAGCAACUCAAUACGGAAUUGGUUAUGGGCAGUAUUGCAAACAACUUUUGUUUGAAAAAAAAGAAUUUGAAUAUGUAAAAAAGCUUGAGGAGGAAGAAGAGCAACGUUCAAAGAUGCCAGGAAGAAAAGGAAAAUCUGCACGUAGAAGCCUUCGUAUGAAACAAAAGACAAUGAGAGGCUCGCCAUUAAGUUUUGCACUUCAAGAAAAAGAAAUCGAAAAUGAUCCUGAUGGAGACGCUUGUGAUCGUUCUUCAUCAUCACGAUCGCCAUCUCCACAUACAGAAGAAAAAAUUGAAUAUAUUACAGAAUUUGGAGGUGCCACAACAAACACAAAUAAAGAAACCAGAAAGGAAAAUGAACAAGAAUGUAAUUCCAAAAUUAACAAACAGAAACAUAACAACAUUGAAGAUAGAGAUAGACAUAGAUCUAGAUCAUAUGAUAAAAAAAAAUCAAGAUCACGUGAUAGGCGUAGUUCAAGAUCACGUGAUAGGCGCAGGUCAAGAUCUCGAAACAGAUAUCGAUCUCCAUCUCAUGAAAAAUAUCAAUCAAGAUCUCAAGGACGUCACCGCUCAAAAUCUAAUGAACGUUAUAGCAAUAAAAGUCGUCAAUCAAGUCAUAAAUCUCGAAGUCGCAGUCGUUCACGAAGUUAUUCAAAGCGUUCAAAUCAAAAGCGAAGUAGAUCAAGGAGUAAUGAGCGAAAAUAUGAUGAUCGUCUUCGAAGAACAAAGUCAAAGAGCAAAUCACCAUUAAGAAGAGACAAUAUUAUUGACCGGGGUCUAAGAAAAAUUUCUCCAAAACAUUUGGAAACUUCACACUCCAUAUCGCCUCAAAGAAUUUGUGGUUUAGUUCCUAAACAACCAAUGGUAUCUCAAGCUAAAACUAAUAUUGAUAAGAGCAAGUUGACACCAAGGGAAAAAAUGAAACUUCGUAUGCAAAAACUCUUAAGCAAGCAAAUAAAAAAUGAUAAGAAAGUUGAAUUAAAAAAACAGGCGCAAAAGGAAAUGCUUAUUGAGGUAAGUUAUUAUGUGAUAAUUAUUGAGCAAAUGUUGAUUCCUCCUUUUUCUGUUUGUACUUGUAAAGUAUAUUUGCCAAUCGGAAACAAGCCAACAUAUUUUACUGUGAGGCCAAGUGGUAUUUCACCACUCUGUAUUUUCAAUGUUUUUGUUACAUUUUCAUUUGAAACUUUAACCAAGGAACUGCAGUUAGCAAAAUCAAAUCUAUAAGCUAUGUAAAGUUUGGUAUCGCGAAAUUCGCUUUUGUUUUCAAUGUUAAACCUAAUUUCUAAUGUUUCGUUUUUAACUUUAGAUACAUAACCUCCUGUGUAGUCUACUCUCUUUUCGGGAAUGUUGUUCCAUGCUUUAGUAACUUUCGUAAAACCUUUAGUCAUUUUAGCAGGAAGAUCGAAUAAAGAAUGUUUUAAUUUUACUGAGUUGAAAUCUGGGUUGACACCUGUCCAGCAUAUUGAGUUGUUCUCGAAAUCGUUCAUUAAAUCCUUAGCAUUCAUUUUUAUGUUUGUGCUAAAUGAACCCUGUUGAGUUAUUAUUUUUUCUAUAGCAUUCAACAUAACUAUUGUGUAAUAUUUAAUUAUCAAAAGACUCAUCUGAGCAUGUGCCAAUAUCGAAGGAUGUUUCCCUGUUAUAAGUUCUUUUUCACCUACAUCCUGUGAUUUUUCUGCAUAUUGCUCAAUGUUUAAGCUGGUUAGACUAUACUUAAUUGCCAUGUCUAAAAUCACUGUUUCUGAUAUUUUGUGCUUUGUAGUGAUAUUUUUUUCAAAAAGUGAUCGAUCGUAAAAUACUAUAAAGAUGAGGUCUACACGAUUGUGCAUUCGAUAUAGUUUGAAUAUUAAUUUUUGUAAUGUUUUUUCCAAAAUUUCUUUUUUCAAAGCUCCGUCAUUAAUAUUGAAUUCCCACAGUAUCAUAUCAAAUGUGUCGUUGCUUGUAACGUAUUCUUGUAAACACUUUUCGAAAUACAUUGAUGAGACUCCGCCUACAGCAAUUACUCGGCGCACCAUUUGACUGCCUGUUUAAAACGAAAAAUUUCUUUAGUUUAUGUAAUUUUGUAAAAUAUUAUUUGCUACAGGAGUUGACUAUGUAAUAAUAUUCCGUAUGUUUUUUAGGUUACCGAUUGUGUAAUCCUUUUGUUUUUAUUUCUUUUAAAUUUUGGUCAAUCGUUUUAUGGCCGAAUCCAAUUAAGUUGGUUAAACGUAAAUUUAUUGACUUUAUUUAGUUUCAUCACUAGAAAUGCGCCGAGCACAUAAAAAGUUAAUUUUUGUUUUUUCUACAUAUCUACAAUCUACAUCACUUUUUUUCUUGUUAAUUAUCAUUGCUGGUGAAAUCUAUCUUUUCGUUUUGAAAAUAAUUUAAAAGAUUGAAAAUACCUGUCGUAACACCGAUUGUAUUAUUCCACCAAUUUGCCAAAGCAUUAUGAAAUACAUAUUUUUGGUUUUCUUCGCCAAGUUCACUUCCCACGCUUACUGAUUCUCCUAUCACGUACAACAUAACGUUAAUACCUUUUGCUGCUUUUUCAAGUUGACUUUCUAUCGCUUGUUUUGAUAAUAUACCUUCGUUUUCAAUACCUUUAUUUAUUAACUCUUCACUUAGAUAUAGAUCUUUUAAUGUUUUAUAUUUGGUAUAUGACCAUGCCUCUGAUGGAGGUUUUAGUAAUAUUUUUUUCAGUUUUAAAAAAGUUUUUAUUUGAUCCUCUUCACUUUGGAUUAAAUUUAUUGCUGAAAAAUAAAAAAGUAGUAGAAACAUCUUUAUCACGUUUUAUCAUACUGAAAAUCAUAAACCAACUUGCUUACUUUCGGUACAGUUAUUUUGA